CCGAGAAUAAUAUAGCCUACACGGACAUUUUAGCAGUCGGUUUUUUUGAUCGACCUUUAUUGUGUGGCUUUUUCAUUUUUACUCCAGCUGUGUGUGGAAUUUAGCUCUUUUUCUCGACUGCUUUGAUUCGUCAUGAUAUUACAAAGCCGUUGGACCGAAACAAUGAAAUGGCAAGUGAUACUGUUUUUCUCAAUGCUCUCUCUCUGUUAUGUGUUCGGGCAGGUAAGCUAUUCUGUUCCAGAAGAAAUGUCAAAAGGCUCGUUAGUCGGUAAGAUAGCACAAGAUUUAGGUUUGGACCUAAAACGGUUGAAAACGGGAAAAGCUCGCUUGCAUGUUGGAAACAGCGCUGAAUACAUUGAGCUGAAUAAAGAAAGGGGGGUGCUUCUUAUCAAGGAGAGAAUCGACAGGGAGGCUUUAUGCAAACAAACGACUCCCUGUGCUUUACACUUUCAAAUGAUUUUGGCAAAUCCUAUCGAGUUCUACCGUGUUACUGUAGAAAUAACAGAUAUAAACGACAACGCCCCUAUAUUCAAAAUGAAAGAUAUGGUAUUUGAAAUAAGCGAGUCGGCUGUAAAGGGGUCAAAAUUUAUAUUAGAGAAAGCACUGGAUUCUGACGUUGGAAUAAAUGGGCUUAAAAGCUACUCCCUUAACCCAACAGAUAAUUUUGCUUUGAACCUCAACGACAACACUGAUGGGGGGAAAGAGGUAGAGAUGGUUUUGGAAAAACCUCUUGAUCGAGAGAAAGAGGAGCAGCUGACUCUUACACUAACAGCCGUCGACGGAGGUGAACCUCAGCUCUCGGGGACAGUGCAAAUUCAUGUAACUAUAUUAGACGCCAAUGACAACGCACCUGUUUUUACACAGUCAACGUACAAAAGUAGUUUAAUGGAAAAUUCUCCAAGAGGAACUCAACUGAUUACUGUUACAGCCACCGAUAAAGAUGAAGGAACAAAUGGUUUCGUAACAUAUUCGAUAUCAAAUAACAUUGAUGGAAUUUUUGAUUUAUUUGAAAUACAUGAGACAAGCGGGGAAGUGCGGUUGAUCGGAAAUGUAGAUUAUGAAACAUCGAAACAUUAUCAGCUCAAUAUUAAAGCCAAAGAUCAGGGUGGACUCAGUGACUCGUGUAAAAUUAUUUUUGAUAUUACUGAUGUAAAUGAUAAUAGCCCAAUAAUAGAUUUAAUGUCGACUACUCAAUCGGUUCCAGAAGAUUCCACCUUAAAAACCGUUGUUGCAGUUAUGAACGUGCAUGAUGCUGAUUCAGACGAUAAUGGAGUAGUUAAAUGUUUC